GAAAAAAAAGCCUUUGCCGCUUUGUCCAAAGAGACUGUCGCACGUGCGCGCACUCUCUCCCUCCCUCUCCACUUUCAGUCUAAAGUCAUGGCUGCUCUCUCUCUCUCUAUCUCUCUCUCUAUCUUCAUGAUAUAAUUUCUAGGGCAAAUCCUUAUACAAGGUUCGUCAUCUCCAAUCUGCAUUUCUGUUCGAUCAAGGAUUAGAGCUACGAUUUGUUCCAAGUAGGAUGGGUCAGGAAGAAGACGAAUCAACAAAACUGGGGAAUGAUUUAACAAUACAACCGUUGCCGCUAGGGUUUAGGUUUCGACCGACUGACGAGGAACUUAUCAGUCAUUACCUCAGACUUAAGAUCAACGGAAAAGAUUCCGAAGUUCGCGCCAUCCCUGAAAUUGAUGUUUGCAAAUUCGAGCCCUGGGAUUUGCCUGGAUUGUCUGUGAUAAAGACAGAGGAUCCUGAAUGGUUCUUCUUCUGUCCUCGUGAUAGAAAAUAUCCAAAUGGGAAUCGUUCUAACAGAGCAACUGAUCUUGGUUACUGGAAGGCAACAGGUAAGGAUAGAACUAUCAAGUCCCGGAAAUCAAGUGGUUCUGUUGCGAAUUUCCAUUUGUUGAUCGGGAUGAAGAAGACACUGGUUUUCUAUAGAGGCCGCGCUCCAAAGGGAGAACGUACCAAUUGGAUCAUGCACGAGUAUAGAGCCACUGAACCGGAUCUUGAUGGCACUGGCCCUGGACAGGGAGCUUUUGUGCUGUGUCGAUUAUUUAGAAAGCCAGACGAGAAAGAUGAUGUUUCCAAGUCUGAGGGAGGUGAACCGGCUGCUGGCUUGUCUGUUUCGAAUUCUAAAUCCUCUGCUGAGGAUAUGUCAUCUGAUGCCUGUCAGGAGAAAAUUAUGAAGCAACCUGAAGUGUCUGCUGAUGUGCUUCCUAAUGGUCAUCUACCUGUUAAGAUCAGUAAUUCUGAUGUUGUUGAACAUCAACCUGAGGAAGCAGCUGAUGAGGUAUAUAGUUCACUCUUUGGAGAUGACCUAUCUGAUACAAUAGAUUGGAAAGUCUUCUCCCCGCUGGAAUCGCAGAUACAAACAGAAUUGGGGCCUUUCGUGAUGUCAUCCUUCGGUGAUGGGUUUAGCAAUAGUUGUAUUGAUCCUCACCAUGGCACCUCUGAUCAGUAUCUCGCUGUUCCAAGUGUUCUUGCAGGAGUUAGAAACCAAGACAACCGUAUUCACGAUAGUUCUGUUCAAUUGACAACCUCGACUAGCCAUAUGCCUCUCUCUUGUGGUGCAGUUCUCGAGCCUUCUUGUUCUCAGAGCAAGAUAUCCUCUAGGAAUAUUGAUGGCGAUAUCCCUGAAUCGCAGUUGCAAUCCUACUCCGGUUUCUAUCAACAUCAAGUCCCAUCAUAUGACCUCGCCGGACCCUCAACUGGAGAUAUCAAUUCCUUAUUCGAUGGUUCUGUUAAAUCAAAACAGUCCUUGUACGGAUCCUUUGAUAAUCCAGAAGGCUCGGAUGGUUGGAUGAGUACUUCCAACAUCAGAUCAACCGGGAUCAAGAUCAGGAAUCGCCAACAACCACAAGAACAACCGCCUAAUCCAGAACACGGUUCAUCAUCCCAGGGAAAUGCCCCUAGAAGGAUACGCCUUCAGUUAUCCGAAUCAGUUUACUCUGUCAGUAGUAGUAUCGGCAGCAACAAUGGAGAAGUAGUAGUACAAGAGGUUCAAUCCAGUUUCAAUGAGGCCAUAGAAGACACAAAUGAUGAUCCAAUCUCGAGGAGGAAAGAAAAGGUCGGAGUGGGCCUAGGCAAGUCAUCUACCAUUUUCUCAUCGGUUUUCAUGGUUUUUGCAUGUUUAAUAGCGAUCCUAUUCAUAUUCUCUGUUGGCAUGUCGAACUCGCCCCAGAGAAUGUCGUCGACUUAAAUUAGUAUUAACUAAGAAGGAUGGGGGGUAGCAACUAGAACCUUCUAUAUAUAUAUAUAUAUAGUGUUGUGGGUAUGUAAAUUAGUAGGAAAGUUUUCUUAAGUGGGAUCUUAGAAGAAGCAAGUAGUGUACUAGUAAUGUUAGUGUAUUUGAGCUUACUCAGGUUUAGUCCUCCUUAUCCUUAGACUUCUUAAUAUUAUGUGAAAUUGGUUUUUGACAC